AUGAACAGUGCCGUUCACCAAACCCUAGCUGCUUUCCGGUCCGGAGCUUCAGCAGGUCGAGUCAGCAAUACAAGCUCUCCAGAUUUCGCGACUUAUCGUGUAUUUAUUUUCGGACGUGAUGUUGUUAUAGCCUCUCGGUCAUCGUCAGGCGAGACACCAGCGCAGCCUUCCUCCGCUCAUCUCUCUCCCCUUCCCCCGAUGGACGCCAUAUCCCGUCCGCCCGCCGCCCCCCUCUCCGCGCGCCGAUGGGUGGUGGCGCACAAGAAGUGGGCUUCCCCGGCCGCCGCCCCCCCGCAUGCUUCCUCGUCUUUCGCCUCCUCUCUCGCCGAAUCCUUCCUUCCGUCGCGCGCGCCGUCCCACUCGUCGCACGUCCCGUCUCACCCGUCGCUCGUCUCGUCGCACCCGUCGCACGCUUCGCACCCGUCGCACGGCGGCAGCUGGGCCAACGGGAGCGUCGUGGAUGGGAGCUGCGGGUAUGAGGGGUCGCAGCGAGGGCGCGCGGACGAAGGUUGGUCGGGCGCGCGGAACAGCGGCGCGCGGCAUGAUGGGGAUGCGGCGGUGCCGGGGGGAGCGCAAGCGGAUGCCGGGUGGCGGAAGCGGAAAAGCCAUCUAUCCGCCACUGCCGACGACUCCGCCUGUCUGACGUCAUCACAUUGCCCUCACGCCCCCGCUUCCGCCCUGCCGCACGCGGCCGUCGCGCCGUCGCACGUGCACUCUCCUUUUGCGCAUCCCGCCGCCUCCCCUCCCGCGCACGCCACCCGCUGGGACUUGCCCCUUUUCUCCGCCAAGCGCGCGUGCCUCGCGGCGGCACCGCACAGGCCUGCGGAAGGCGCGGCGUGGGCGGAGAGGCCAGGCGCGUGGGGGGAAGGGCCAGCGGCUUUCAAGCCGCAAGGUCGGGAAGCCGCCGCGGCGGCGGCGGCGGUCGCGGGGAAGGCGGAGGGCAGAGGCGGCGCGUGGCGGGCGCUGAGCGCGUCGUCAGUGGACUUCGCGCCGCAGCCCUUCCAGCCAAUCACGGAGUCGGAUUUGCUCCUGGAGGCGUCGGGCAGCGGAGCGCCGCUUGCGUUCGCCGUGGGCGCGGCGGCGGGCGCGCACGGCGACGGGCGAGGGGGGCUCCACCAUCCCGCGUCCUCCUCGCGCAGCAUCGGCGCGUCAAUGGAGAGCGGCGCGCGCACGCGGCGGGUGGUAUGCGCGCGGGGCAGGAAACGGGGGGGAGCGGGGGGGGAUCCGGGGCAGCAGGUCGCAAUGGCGCGGCGAGCGGGCGACGGCGGCGCGCUUAUUGAGGCGGGCGGGUGGGCGGCGGCGCAAGGGGAAGCGGAGCAGAGCUCGUGCGCGUAUGGAGGGGAAAGGGCCGAUGCGGAGGACGGGGAGAGGGCGGAGGUGGAAGCGGAGCGGAGGGAAGGGGGAGGAGUCGGUGGAGAGAGCACCGAGCGACCGAGGAGGCGGAGGCGGAAGGUGGGGCUAGUGGGAUUGGCGGAGGAGGGGGAGGCGGCGGAGGAGGAGCGGGAUGGGCUGGCGUUGUCCGCGAGGCGGCCUCCCUCCGCGCAUGCGCCCGUGCUCGCGGGAUGCACGGCGGCAGGCACGGCGGGCGGCGGGCCAGCAGGGAGUGCGAGCGUGGAUGACGGCCAGCGCGCAUGCGGUGCCGCGAGAGCCGCCGCGUGUGCGCCGUCCCCCGCGGAGUGCGGCGCGCGUGAGGGGAGCAGCGGGGACAGCAGCGGGGGCAGCAGCGCCUGCGAGCGGGAGAGCACGGGGAGCGAGCAGCAAGAAACGCGCGGAGCAGGGCGGAGGCGGAGCGCGCGAGUGCUGCAAGAAACGGUGAACGGAGCGCGCGGCGAGGGGCUACGGGACGAGGACGGGGAGGCGCGCUGCUGCGCGGACGACCAGUGGGACACGCGGCAGAGGCAGCGGCAGCGACAGAGACCAAACGGAACAAGGGGGGGAGUGGCGGGAGGGGCGGGAGCAGAGGCGGACGAGGAGGCGGAGAUGAGGCGGCGGUUCAGUGUGGUGGUGCAGUCGCAGGUGGCAGGCAGCGAGGAGGACGAUGGGCCACUGGAGGGCGACGCCGAUAGGAGCAUGUCGGAGCACGUAGGGGCGGCCAAGUUUGUCCUGUCCUCUGGGCGAACGCUAUCAGCAGAGGGACUGCCAGCGCCCAAGAAGAAGCCCACUAUAGACGAUGAGUUUGAGCAGUACUUUGCGCAGCUGCUCUUGUAG